CACCAUAUCUCCGCCACACACAGCGAUUGUCCACCGAAAAGCUUCGGUUCGACAGAGAAGCUCUUCUGCGAUAGCCGAGAGUCGAAGCUCUCGAAGGCGAGUCCUCAGAGUAAUGUCAUUGCUCACACAUGAGUUAGGGCAUCAUGCUUCAAGUGACAAACCACCUCUAUCCUUUAUGAUUCUUUUAUAUUUGGUGUCCUCGAAAGAAAAAUUUUGUUGCAAAUGCAGCCAGUCACAAAUAUCUUCAGAGUUUGGUAUACAUGUACGACUGUUGUUUUGAGAAUAAUAUAAGGGGUAGCUGUGCAAUGGAGAUGAGCAUUGCAAGAUGUUGUCUUGACAAGCAAGUGUUCCAGCUUUCAUCAAAAGCAAGAACAUCUGAUUGGGAGUCUACUAAGAUAAUUCCACAUACUGUGAUCUCUAUUUCUCAAAUGGCCAAUCAGAGUACAUCAUAUAGUCCUGAAUCUUCUCUUAAGAUGUGCCAUAAGCACCUUAAGCAGUGGAGGACCUUUUCAACUCCUGUUAGCAUAGAGGAAUCAUUUCCAUUUCAGUCAGGUCAUGAUUUUACUGAUGAAGAGGAUUCUCCUGAAGACUCCCCAGAGAACGUUCUUUCCAAACCAUUGAGUAAUGAAGAGUUAAAAGCACUGCUUGCUGACACAGAAAGAGAUAGACUUAUCAGAAAACUUAGUGAGGCCAAUCAACAAAACCGCUUCCUCAAACGACAGCUGCAUGUGAAGGAAGAUGCAUUGGUUACCUUCAAAACAGAACUAGCAGUUAUGGAACUUGAAGUACAGGCUUUGGUUGCACUAGCAGAAGAAAUUGCUAAAUCAGAAAUCCCUGUAGGGACAAGGAAGAUUAAUGGGAAGUACAUCCAGUCUCACCUUCUUUCACGGUUAGAAGCAAUUCAUAAAAAGUUGAAAGAAAAGAUGAAGGAUGUUGAUGCUGCACGGUCCAAGGAAGUCCCUUUGUUUUGGUAUGGCAUGGCUGAGAGUGUGCAAGUGAUGGGCACAUUUGAUGGUUGGAGUCAAGGAGAGCAUUUGUCUCCAGAAUACACGGGUUCCUUCACAAAGUUCUCGACAACCUUGAUGCUUCGACCUGGAAGGUAUGAGAUCAAGUUCUUGGUAGAUGGGGAAUGGCACGUAUCUCCAGAAUUGCCAACCGUCGGCGAGGGGCUAACCAAAAAUAACUUGCUAAUAGUUGAAUAGCAUGGGGAAUGCAUCUUCAGGCAUUUUGAAACAUGGCACAGAGCUGCAGGUCCUGACAAAUGGAAAGGGAAAAAAAGAGAGAGGAACUAUACUAUCUCUAUAACCAGUUUCGAUGCACGUUGUUUUCUAGAGUAUCGUGCCUUUCAUUUGUCUAUAAUGGACACCACAUUUUCUGACUUCUUGUGGACGUUGAUGUGUCUUAAGUCUCUCUUUUCUGCUGUAAACUGGGGCCGGGCCCUUGUUUACACCUUCAAUAUUAACCUUUUCAUCGUAAAUAUAAUCUGGGGGAUAAAAAGCUCGAGAGAGAGAGAGAGAGAGAGACUGUCUCUGCAAUGAAAUAGAAAAUCCUUUUGCA